AUGGCACCAUCCUUGGCGAGUCUUCGACUGAUACUGCUUUGUGACAAAUCCACCGGUGCGCUUUUUGCAGGUCCGGACUUCGCGUACUUUGCCUUCCUUUUAGCCAUCGCUCUCAUUCUAGCCGAUUGUUGUGGUUUUGAAGGAGUCGUCUGUUCGACUGCUUCUGGCUCUUCUUUUUUAGGAAAUUCUGGAGUUUGUUCUUUCGGCGUCGAAUCUUCGCUGAUUUCGUCUAUGCCUAGUUUCGAGGUGAACUCAGUCUUUAUUUUUUUCGAUGCAGGUUCAGAACUGUUGUUGAAAAACUCUGCUCCUGAACACAUCGUAAGCUCUCCAUCUCCUUCUUUCCAGUACAUCAAAGACCGAUUGACCAGCAUUCAACGAGAACAAUGCUCAAUUGAAGAAGUCGCCUCGUACACGUCACUCUUCGACGGACUAGACCCUGUCUUGGACAUUGAUUCCACUUGGAGAGUCGCCUGGAGAAAAACGGAUAGCGUUUUUGUCCUCAUAGUUGGUCAGACUUUCCCCGAAUACAUCGACGUGGUGAGCGACGAUGAGGAUGACGAGGAUGAUGAGGACGAUGAGGACGAGCAGGAAAUCCAACAAGGCGACAAGCAAGUUGUCAAGCUUUCUCGUACUGUCAAUAAUCUCCAAUACUUGCAAUUCUUGAACGAGUUUGGCUCGGUGGCCAAAUCAUUUCUCGGAGGAGCAUCUCUCACAAGAGCAAAGGUCGAAACGAGCGCAGCCAAUUUGAUUUUGAUCCUGCAAGAAAUGGUGGACGGCUCGUUUCCAUAUUUGACAGACAAGAACCAGCUUCACGAGUUGCUUCCGUCAAAUAGCAUAAUCAACAAGAUCUUAUCAACGACGAAGCAGAUUCAAGGUGCAGCUUCGAACUCAAUCAACUCUCUUGCACAAGGUUCAUCUUUGAUGCAUGCAUCGUCAUCCGCUUCGUCACUGGGAUCAAACCGUGCUAAUAAAACACCAGGGACUGCCUCCAUAUAUGAGAAAUCAGGCAACGAGUUUCCAUGGCGUAAAGUUAAUGUCAAACAUACACAGAACGAAAUGCUGGUGGAUCUGACAGAACGUAUAAGCUGGAUUGUUCCCUCUACUAAACAAAAUUUCCGUACGAACGGAGUUUCGUCCUAUUACAACUCCAGUCUGAGUACCAAGAAAAACACUCCAAUUAUGGCCACCAUAGAUGGAAAGGCCGAGUUCACCAGCUCUCUGAGCGGAAUUCCCACAAUUCAAUUGAUUUUGAAUCUGAACAAGCACGAUAUUGGUAUUCCAUCAUUCCAUCGUUGUAUCGACAUCGAUACUUGGACAAGUUCUCCAGGAGUGAUUGAAUUUGUUCCUCCAGACGGAAAAUUCAAACUACUAGACUACAAGAUCAACUUACUAGAGAAUGACGCAUCGGUGAACAUAUGGAACUACAUGGGAUUAGUGGAUUUGGAGCUUGUUGGGGGACAGGGCCUUGAAAAGAACGAAUUCGAGAUAAGACUGCAGACUAAAAUGCUCAACAGCGUUAAGGCCAUUGACGAUUUGCGGUUGCAGCUACAUGUUCCCGAUGGUUUUUCCGUCAGAUCGCUCAGAGUGACUCAUGGAGAUCUUGAAUCACGCAAAGAUUCUCAUGAGUGGGUCCUGGAGAAGUCAUUACCAACAGGACUUAAUUGCACAUUCCGAGGUCAGCUUUUAAGCAAGACAGGGAACCCAACCGCCGCCAAACUGGACUAUGUCACAGUCUCGUACUCCAACAAGGGCUCUGUCCCAAGCAUGAUAAAAGUGGACUCCAUCAAGGUGCUGAGUGGAGGAUCAUCAAACGUUAAGCCUUAUAAAGGUGUCAAGCAAUCGAGUUUCUGUGGCGAGACACGAUUAUAUUUUAAUGGUCUAUUAUUGGUUGCUAUUUCCCCAAAAAGCAAUCCAGGUACAAAAGUAUAUAAAGACUUGAGAGAGCCACUUAGCUUAUCAUCCAAUAUGUCCGGCUUCAUUGACAAAUUAUCAGACAAGUUUUCAGGUAACAACCACGAAGAGUCUCAGGGCUCUAACAACUUCGACAACUCAAACAAUCAAGGGAAUUUCGAUUCCAAUGACAACGACUCGGGCGAUUUCGAAGAUAAGAUGAAUCGUGAAGUCAGAAGUAAGAUGGGAGAUGAGAACACAACAGGAACUUGGAGCGGAAACAAACAUGCCGUGGGAAUGCACGAAAAAGGUGUCCAGACCAACGACAACCAGAAAUGGUGA